AUGUCUGCCUACAGGAAUAAUGCUUAUGAGGAGGAUCCAGAUUACCCUGACUAUUAUGGGUCUCAGAACCAUACUCGGGGGUAUUUGAAAACUCAGGAUUAUCCAGAUUCGCCAGGUCCUCUGAACAACUCAGAUGACCCCAGCACCAGGAGUAACCCAUACUCUGCAGACUCCAGAACAAGUCCAGACUAUCCUGGGGCUCUAGCAGAACCAGAUUAUCCUGGAUCUUGGAGUAAUCCAGAGUACCCUGGCACCGGGAUCAAGCCAUACUCUGCAGGGUCCAGACGUCCAGACAAUCCCAAAUCUUUGGCAGAGCCAGAUUAUAUUGGAUCUUGGAGCAAUCCGUAUCACCCAGGCUCAUCCAGAGAGCCAGACUACUCUGCAUCUCAACGAAAUCCUGAUUUUGCAGGUUCCAAAGGCAGUGGAAGCUAUGCAGGCUCCAGAACAAAUCCAGAUUAUCUUGACUCCUUGGGAGAACCAGACUACGUUGGAGCUCAGGGAAACUCUAACUAUUCUGGCCCCAGAGCCAAUUCCAACCAUCCAGACUCCAGAAGGAAUCCAGAAUAUGCUGGUUCCAGAAUCAAUCCGUACAUAGACACUCUGGGAGAACCUGAUUAUCCAGAUGCUGAGAAUCAAUCUAACUCUCCAGACUUUUUUGGGAAACCAGACUAUCCUGGCGCUGAGGACUAUGGGAACUCCACAAAGUUCUGGGGGGAGCCUGAUUACCCAGGUGCUGAGAAUGGUCAUGAUUAUGGCUCUUCAGAGAACCCGGAAAUGACCAGGGAAAUGCUCAGCAGCGCAUCUUCUAUCCAGCCCUCAUUUCACCGUGAGGGUGAAGACCCCUUGGGCAUCCUUGGGAGAAAGGAUGGAGAUUAUCCUGAAAGCAUUGAAAUGAAAUCCAGGGAGAUGGCAAAUCCGUACAGCCCCUCUGUGCCAGGUGCUCCUGAAAGUGGCUAUGUGAACCCUGCUUAUGUGGGUGACAAUGGCCUCAGCCAAGCUUAUGGAGACCCACCCUUGUCUGGACAUGAUUGGCACACGUCACCCCAAGGACAAAAGUUAAUCGCAUCUCUGAUACCCAUGACAUCUAGAGACAGAAUUAAAGCCAUCAGGAAUCAGCCAAGGACCAUGGAAGAGAAAAGGAACCUUAGGAAAAUUGUUGACAAAGAGAAAAGUAAGCAGCCCCGUCGUAUCCUGGAGCUCACCGGCUGUGCUCAGUGUCUGAAUUCCAUUUCAUUGGCAUGCAGGAGAUCCAAGAACAGUCUGUCGGAACUGUUCAGUUCCAUCAGCCUGUGGCAGAAGACGCUCAAGGUCAUCGGAGGCAAGUUCGGCACCAGCGUCCUCUCCUAUUUCAACUUUCUGAGGUGGCUUUUGAAGUUCAACAUUUUCUUGUUCAUUGUGACCUUCAGCUUCAUCAUAAUCCCUCAGUUAACCAUGGCCGAGAAGAACCACCUCCGAUUCACUGGACUGGAAUUUUUAACCGGGGCUGGUUAUUUUAGGGACACAGUGAUGUACUACGGCUUUUACACCAAUACUGCAAACCAGCAUGGGAACAGUGGGACCUCCUACAACAUGCAGCUGGCCUACAUCUUCACAGUCGGAGCGUGCUUGGUUGUCUGCUUUUUCAGUUUGCUCUUCAGCAUGGCCAGGUAUUUCCAGAACAACUUCAUUAACCCACACAUUUACUCCAGACGGAUUGCUAAACUCAUCUUUUGCUGGGAUUUCACCGUCACUCAUGAAAGCGCUGUAAAGCUGAAACAGAAGAAUCUGAGCACUGAGAUAAGGGAGAACCUGUCAGAAAUCCGUCAGGAGAAAGUCAAGUUAACACUCAAUCAGCGGUUGAUUCGCUUCGCUGCCCACCUGGCAGCCUGGGUUGUCUCUACUGGAGUGGGCAUUGCCUGCUGUACAGCCGUUUAUUACCUGGCUGAGAAAAACUCAGAGUUCGUGGCGAACCACGGGAACCCCGGGGCGGUACUGUUACUGCCUUUCGUUGUGUCCUGCAUCAACCUGGUCGUGCCUCGCUUCUACUCCAUGUUCAGGCUGGUGGAGCACUAUGAGAUGCCAAGGCAUGAAGUCUCCGUCCUCCUGAUCCGAAACAUCCUUGUGAAAUUACCAAUCAUUGGAAUUCUUUGUCACUAUUGGCUCAACAUUGUGGCCCUGUCUGGUGAUGAGUGUUGGGAAACCCUCAUUGGCCAAGAAAUCUACCGGCUCCUUCUGAUGGAUUUUGUGUUCUCUUUAGCUGAUUCCUUCCUGGGGGAGUUCCUGAGGAGAAUCAUUGGGAUGCGGCUUAUCCCAAGUCUUGGCUUACAGGAGUUUGACAUUGCCAGGAAUGUCCUAGAACUGAUCUACUCACAAACUCUGGUGUGGACUGGAAUCUUCUUCUGCCCUCUGCUGCCCUUAAUCCAAAUGAUUACUCUCUUCAUCAUGUUUUACGUCAAAAAUAUCAGCCUGAUGAUGAAUUUCCAGCCUCUGAGCAAAGCCUGGCAGGCCUCACAGAUGAUGACUUUCUUCAUCUUUUUGCUCUUUUUCCCGUCCUUCACCGGGGCCCUGUGCACCCUGGCCAUCACCAUCUGGAGAUUGAAACCUUCAGCUGACUGUGGCCCGUUUCGAGGUCUGUGCUUCUUCAUUGAGUCCAUCUACAAAUGGAUUGACACCCUGAGUGAAAAGCCCAGCUACCUGUGGGUUGUUUGGAUCUACCAGAACCUCGUCGGAAGCGUGCACUUCUUCUUCAUCCUCACCCUCAUUGUGCUAAUCAUCACUUACCUUUACUGGCAGAUCACAGAGGGAAGGAAGAUUAUGAUCAGACUGCUCCAUGAACAGAUCAUUAACGAGGGCAAAGACAAAAUGUUCCUGAUAGAAAAGUUGAUCAAGCUGCAGGAUAUGGAGAAGAGAGCAAGCCCCACCUUGUUUACGCCAGAAAGGAGAGACGUGGAGCAAUCUGGUCCUCUGCGUGUCAGAGAACAUGCUGCUGCUCGAGGUGAGUACCCGACUGGCACUGAAGAAGGCCUAAUCCAUCCAGAUGACAGGUCCCAAGACAGAGGGUCAGAACUGCUCCUGUAUCAGUCACUCCUUCAAUUGCAAGAACUGGCCCAAAUUGGCUUUAGCCAAAACUCAACAAUAAUUCUUGCUUUAGGUGUGGCCAGAAGCAGGGGCUCACAGUAUGUCACCAGAACCUGGUUUCUUUCUGUUCAGUUCUUUUCCAUGUUAUCUCCUGAUAAUUACAAGACAGCUUUCUUAGCUUCUUGUAUCUUCUCAGAUUCAAGUCUAGUGUGAAAGAGAUGCAGAUUCUCAUUGUGUUUCAUUGGAUCUGAACCAAUUGCUGUGGCCAAGAGACUGUGAUGAUUUCAUUGGCCAGAUCUGAGUCUCAGACCUCAUCUCUAGAUACAGGUGGUACAAACAUACAGACCACAGGGACUGAGAGAGUGGAGAAGGGUGGCUUUCCAAAGAAAACCUGUGGCUGAUGCCAGGAGGGGAAUGAAUGUUGGGGAGGAAACAAAUAAACCCAUUCAUCUUUUUGGAAUAGCAUUCACUGACAGCAUCCAAUGAUGGGAGUUCAAGGGAGAGAAUUGAAGAAACUUAAAAGGAGGAGGCAAGGAAGGCCUGAGAAGCUGUGGGAUCUUGAGAGCUAAUUUGGUCUUUCCCUUGGAGAUAUGGGGCAGUGUGCCUCUGUGCUAACUUCUCUUCUCCUGUAUCAAACCCAGACCUGCGAUUUAGGCGAUCAGUUCAAGAAGAUAAUCCAAAGGCCUGAUAAUUAUUGUGGUACCCAGACACCAACCAAAUAAGGAAAGAAGAUAGAUAAAGAUGGAGCAGCUUCCUCCAUGACACCUGGGCCUUUAGGAGAUUCCCAGAUGGGAAAUUCAAGCCUUUAGCCAGGAGUGGAAACUGACUACAAUGUAAAUACAGAAGUAAAAUUGGGCAUUCCCUGCUGUUUUUUUUUACACCUGAAUUGCUGAUUUUUCCAGACAAAAUAUUUGAGAUUUUCCAGUAAAGACUUCUAAUAUUUGAACUAGUUCACAAAAACCUGGGAAGAGUUGUAGUUUAAGAGAUAUGCGUAUGAAUUAUUGAUCCUUAGAAAUCUCCACUCCCAGAACUCCCAGACCUGGCAAAGGUUUGGAGACGGGUACUAAGACAAGUGGUCCAGCCUGAAUAAAAAUGUGACCCUCGAUCAGGGAUGUGAAGCGUCUGAAUUGUAGAACCUGCAUUUGUUCAUGACUUUGAACUAAAAACAUCCCCAUUUUUCCCAAAGGUGAAAAACAACCAGAGGGCUCGUCUAUGACCUUUAUUGCACAUUGAGUACACGAGUCUUUUGGAUUGGACUGGGGUGGGCAUGUGUGGACGGGGACACUACCCCUGUGAGGUGUUAUGCACAAUCAUCAGAGUCUUACAUUGAACCAAACAUGAAAUCGGUGGUGAUGUGUGGAAUAUAUAUAUUGAAUAUGCAUGUGUAUGUAUAUGUAUGUAUAUGUGUGUGUGUGUACAUAUGCACACAUACAUGUAUAAAGCAUUUUUUUGCAGAUUUCCUAAAUGAUUCACAAGGCACCUGACUCUGCUUAAAACGGAAGGGUCCAGCAGAAAAGUGCAAUUACCAAAUUACUCGGGAGGAGAAAUCUCCUCUUGAGUAAUCACUGUCAUGAAAUCUAAUUGGAACUGAAUUUAGAAAACAUUUAAGAUGAAUUUAAAACACAAACAUCCAGUCAGUGCUCAGUCAUUGGUUCACUUCUUCAUUGACUUAUUUGCUCACUAAUUCAUUCAUCAGCUGAAUUAAGUUCUUUUGGUACCAUCUUUGCUAGUGGUUGCUAGAAGUGCUUGUUCGUUCAUUCCUUCGUUCAACAAAUAUGUACCAAGUGGAGGGGAACAAGAUGGUGCACAAGUCAAGACACAGCCUCCGCUCUCAUGUACUGUCUAGCAGAUCACUUUAGGCAGGAACUUAAUAAUUAAACAACAGUAAUUACUUAUAGCAGGUGCCAUGAAGGAGAAGCCCAAGGGACAAUGGGAGACUUAACUUGUCUGUGGGGUCAGUGAAGGCAGUCUGUGCAAUUGAUAUUUGAAGGGAUUUUUUCCCCCGUGUGUUAUCCUAAUGCUAUUUGUGCUUCUUUGGCUUCUGCACUGAAAUGUGAACUCCCUCUGGAAGCAUCAUUUUUGCUCACUUCCCAUAUGCUCAGGGCUUAUAUCCGGACUGCUUCUCCAUUCACCUCUUAUCUUUUUUUUUUUUUUAAAAUGGGAAUUAUUUAUUUAUUUAUGGCUGUGUUGGGUCU